AUGAGUGACUCGCAGACCCUGGAAUUCAUCAAUGGUAAUCUAGAUCUCUAUGAGUUCAUCCAAGUGCAACCUAAUGCCACAGACCAAGAACUACGGACUCAGUACAGAAGAAAAGCAUUGCAGUAUCAUCCCGAUAAAGAGGGAGGCGAUCCAGACAAAUUCAACCUUCUCUCCAAAGUAUACGAGAUCCUUGUGGACGAACAGUUAAGAAACCAAUACAAUGAAAUACGAAGAAUCAGAAGGGAAAAGCAUAUUGAACAAGAGAAGUUAUUGGCAUCCACAAGACGGUUUCAGGAGGAUCUAAAGCAAGCAGAAAACCAACAUCGCUACAACUUGAACAGAACCGGGGAAUUAAAGGACUUUAUACUGAAACGAAGAUUGGCUAUAGACUUGGAGAAAUUGAAGGAGGAUGGCUUAAAACGUAGAAGACUACAAGAACAGGGCAUCCACAAAAAGGUUGAACAAUCGGCACCUUUGUAUGUUUCAUUCAAGAGCUUGAAAUUACCCCGAACGUAUAUAACCUCUCUUGAAACUCAAAAGGCAAACGGCUCGAUCAUAGUUCGCUGGAAGCACAAACCAGAGCUCAAAGACAUGUUUAACGCCGAUGUGCUACAGAAGAUUAUGGAGAUAUUUGGACCCAUCCAAUCCAGUGUGAUCUUGCCCAGUCAAGAUCCGAAACCACGUUAUGAUACUGGAAUGAUACAGUAUGAAAACGACACCGAUGCCAAUAAAGCACUCUGCCACAACUAUAAAGUCUCUGCCAAUUUAUGGGAUGGAACAAGUGUACGAAAACUAGCCAGUUUGCUCAGAGAAUGUACUCUGGCAAGCCAGAAUCAAAGAGCAUCCCAGAUCAUUGAUCAUUCUAAGCUACCCAGAGGAUUCAAAUAUGUCGGCACCAAUAACGAGAUCGUCGACUCCAUCUUGGAUAAAUUUACGUUGAGGUCUUUGGAUGAACUUUCCUAA